UCAGAACAGACGCACGCUGUACUGCCCAUCUCACAGUCAGAAACAUGGCGUUGAGGGAGCUAUCGUCGCUGGAGAAAUAUUUAGGACUGAAAAAGCCGAACAAGUACAGUACACAGGGGGAUAAAAAGGUACCUGUGCUACAGAAUAAUAAUGGUCCUCCACUGGUGGGGCUGGUGACCGUCGCCUGUCACCUGGUGAAGCAGGCCAAGCGCCCAGAGCUGCUGGGUGAUUCUGCAGAGAGCAGAGCUGUGGUGCAGCAGUGGCUGGAGUACAGAGUCAGCAAGCUGGACGGCUACGCCAAGGAGGACGUCAAAACCAUCCUGAAGGACCUCAACCUCUACCUGCAAGACAAGGUGUUCCUGGCUGGCAACCAGUUCACCAUCGCUGAUACAUUCAUGUACAGUGGGAUUCAUCCAAUGAUAGUGGACUUGGCCAUCCAGGAAAAGGAGCAGUACGUGAAUGUGACGCGGUGGUUCGACCACAUCCAGCACUAUCCUGGUGUCCGACACCACCUUCCUCCAGUAGCUGUGCUCAGGAACAGAAUUUACACCAGCAGACACCACUGAGAGCCGACCCGACCCGACUCAGCCUGAUUCAUCAUAAGCUCUUGUGUCCUUCGGACCAGACCUGAGCAAAUUAAAUCAAAUCUCCAUCUUUACAAUUUGAGGAUGUUUCCACACAGAUCUCCUUUUAUUCCUGUUUUGGAUCUUUAUUCCUGCCUUUAUGUUUUGUCCCGCUUACAUGCCUGAACGUUAUUUCAGUUAUUUGAGAGAUUUAGUGUUUUCAGAUCAACUCCUUUUUUUCCUCAUUGGAUUUUUUAAAACCAGAAAAGUCAGUGAAGAAAAACAAAUCUAGUUCAGCUCAUAUUUUUUGAAAAAUGUUUUUAAUAGUAUUACCCAUUACCAUUGGCUGUUGACAAGGGCUGGGAACGGAGGGAGGAAGGAGCCGUUAUCUGUCAUCUUAACAGCUCAAUCAUUCUAACACUAUUUAUAAGAAGUUUGGUGUCUUAACCAUCAUACAAAGACCAGGGAGCAAUUCUGAGUCACAGUUACAUCUGUGUUUUAUGUUGUGUUUUUUUUUAUGUUGGUAAUUCUGGCGGGAGUUUUGGAAGUCUACAUUUGUGUGUUUGUUGUAUUCCGGGCGAAGGCUGUACAGGUUGUGAUGAAGUGAAAAACAAGUGCUGCUAGCUCAAAGGUGUUUUUAUUUAUAAAUGGUCCUUAAAUGGUAAUUCUUUGUUUAAUUUGAGCCUUGAACACAGGAUGACGAGUAUUACAGGGUUUAAGAAGCCUUGCUGAGAUGUUAUUUAACUACAGUGCAGUGCAUUAUGUCCUUAGGAAAAGCAGCAUCCUUCAUGCCGUGUCAAUGCAUUUCCUCACAACAGUUUGUUCAAAUAAAUGCGAUUGCUAUUUCAACAUCA